GUAAAAGAAGUACUGACCUGUCACAAAUUUCCCUGCACACGUUUUCACGCAGUCGACAGCGCCCCCGUGUGGCCGAAAAAUGCAACAGGAGUGACAGAGAUGGUCACAGAGCAGAGGACUGCCGUUGCAAAGACGAAAUUUGUCACAAAUGCAGUAGAAGGGGGCACAUUCAAAGAGCAUGCAAAGCAAAAUUCAGUCACAACAGGAAAACUGAGAAAAUUAAAGGGUCUGUGAAUGCACUAGCAGAGAACAGUGGCAGUGAUUCAGAUGAACGAUUAAUUGGUACGAUGGAGUUAAACACAGUGACUUCUCCCAGCAGUAGCAUAAUAUGGGUGACACCAGAUAUCGAAGGCAAACCCCUCAAAAUGGAGCUGGACACAGGAUCUGCAGUGUAUAUAAUUUCCACUACUGUCUACAAUGAGCACUUUAAGGCUAUCAAGCUGAAGAACACAAAUGUGUUGCUGAAGACAUACUCAGGAGAGAGAUUGAGCCCAAUGGGGGCGUUGCAGGUCAGAGUGCAUUAUGGGGGGCAAACACAGCAGUUACAGCUGUAUGUGGUGCCUGGAACUGGCCCCCCAUUAUUUGGCAGGGAAUUGCUUUCAAAAAUAAAGCUGAAUUGGUGUGACUUGAAAAUGCUCCACACGUUCCAGUCCAAAGAGAAAGGCACAGACCAAACACUGGAACACUUGCGGAAGAAAUACAACACAGUUUUCAGUGAUCAGAUGGGAACAGUAAAAGGCUUCACAGCAAAACUUGUACUAAGAGAUGACGCAACCCCAAAAUUCUGCAAAGCCAGAUCUGUUCCAUACUCCCUGAGACCAAAGGUGGAAGCGGAAAUCGAUCGCUUGCAGGAUACAGGGAUCCUGACAAAAGUGGACAGAAGCGAAUGGGCCACACCUAUAGUUCCUAUUGUGAAGAAAGACGGGUCUGUUAGAAUGUGUGGGGACUUCAAGGUAACUGUGAAUCCAAUGUUGCAUGUGGACCAAUACCCCCUACCACGUCUGGAUGACAUCUUUGCUGCACUAGCUGGUGGGAAACACUUCAGUAAAAUCGAUCUGAAACAGGCUUACCUGCAGCUACCGGUUGAAGAGAGUUCCAAACAGUACCUGACAAUAAACACACACAAAGGUCUAUACAGGUAUAACCGCCUGGUUUUUGGCAUUGCAUCAGCCCCAGCCAUUUGGCAACAAACUAUUGACCAGAUUUUGCAAGGAAUCCCAGGAACCCAGUGUAUCCUGGAUGACAUGAUCAUAACAGGACGCACCGACAAAGAGCACCUGGCUAACCUGGAAGAGGUCCUGAAAAGACUGAAAGAGUAUGGUCUACAGGCAAACUUAAAGAAGUGUGAGUUCUUCAAAGACAAGAUUGUCUUCUGUGGAUAUGAGAUUGACUGCAAUGGAUUGCACAAAACACAGGACAAAAUCGAGGCAGUGGUACAGUAUUGGUACUUCCGGGUUGGAGCGAGCGGUCGCAUCCGCACUUCGGUCCGCAGGUAGUAUAACUUUUCAUUACAUU